AACGUCAAGUAUUGUUUUGAACACGUUUUUCAGGCCCGCGGAAAACACAAAACAGCGCUAUUUGUGGAGUGAAAAAAAGAAAUUAAACCAAACACAAAUGGAUUCUUCUGAAAAUGAUUCCGAAAGUGAAUAUUCCGAGGCAAACGAAGGCACCGAAUCAUCAUCAGAAGCAGAAAAUAGCAGCGAGGAUGAUGUGCCAAAACUUGCCGAUGAUGAGUACAAAGAAAUGCCGUUUGAAGAUUUGCUUAACCUGCAAAAGAAGCUUGGUACGCGCGUCUACAACGAAGCCAUAUUUGGCAGGACCAAAGAAAGAAAACAAAAUACCACGGUGAAGCCGAAACCGGCGAAAAAGUCUAAACAAACCUCAGAAGACGAAGACGAUGGUGGCUCGGACGACGACAGUGGUCCUGAGGAGGUAACGUCGAAAAGAAAAGUUCCGGCGCUGGGUAUGGGGAAGAAAGGCAAGAAUGCUUCCAUUUCACAGCCCCGGGAUCCACGGUUCGAUCCCCGGCAAGGAUACUUCAGUGGUCGCCAGUUCCGGAACAAUUAUGGUUUCAUAGACGAUUUGCGAAACAAAGAGCUAAAAAAAUUGAAAAAUAAGCUGGAGCUAGCGACCGACCCUGAAGAGACGGAAAGGCUGAAGUUUGUGAUUCAGCGAACGGAGAACCAGAUACGCGAGUUCUCGAAACAAAAGACUCUGGACAGGGAAAGGAUGCGCGAAAAACAGCAGGUGCGCGAAUCUGUACAAGCAGGAAAGCGACCAUUUUUCGAACGCAAGAGCACCAAGCAGGCGCGCGCCUUGGUGGAACGGUACGACAAGCUUAAGGAUGAUGGAAGCUUGGCGAAACAUAUCGACAAAAGGAGAAAGAAAAUUUCUGCCAAGGAUAGGAAAAAGCUCGACUUCUCUACGUAGUGCCGUUUAUUCUGCUGUCUAAUAAAGUGUACAACUAUCCAACACGUAA